AUGGCUACAAAUUUUGUACUCCCAAAGACAAAUUACACGAUUGUGGAAAAUAACAAUGCAAUUGAAUUUCCACAUUUUAAAAGAGAGGUUAGGUUUUUAAGCGAAUUUUCAGUUGCGCGUUUUGCCGUGACUGAACAAAUGCCAGUUGUCAACGAAAUGUUGCGAGAUAUUUUUCUCUCUUCAUCUAUAUUUAUCAAGGAUACAUGGUGUGUAGCUCAAGAACAUGCCCCAGAUUAUAAACUUGAAGCCUUUUUGGACUUGGCAUGUGCUGAGUAUAAUUGUGCUGAUAUACAACCAGGAGGACCAUGUUUUAUUCCAAAAACUUUGCAGAACCAUGCUUCCUAUGCUUUGGACCUUGCUUUUAAAAAUACAGGAGUUUGUAAUGCUAUCAUUGGCACUCCAACUGUUACUGAUCCUUCUUUUGGAAAUUGUCACUAUCCUUAA